UUGAGUAGCGUUCGGUCAGCGCACUGUGAGCACGCCUGCUGGGUACCGCUUCUUCUUUUCGUCCGGAGCUGGGUUCUCGUACAGCGUUAUGGCACAACAGCGCCCCCUUGCGGCCAUGCAACUUGUGGCGAGAUGGAUGAGUUCUCCAGAACCGAGAACAACUGGCGCCUCACUUCUUUGGAAGCUCAGCUUCCUGUGAGUGACGCGAGCGGCUCCACCAUCCAGAGGCAGAGGAGGGAGCUUCAGCUGCUGAUGGCUGAGUUGAAGGACAGGGACCGGGAGCUGAACAUCAUGGCUGCCUCCCACCGGAAGCAGCUGAUGGCCUGGGAACAGGAUCGCCAGAGGGUGCUCACCUUGGAGCAGAAGUGUGUCCGUUUGGAUGAAGAGCUGCAGGAGCGCGACGAGGUGGUCCGGGCCCUGACCCGACGGGUGUGUUCGGCAGAAACCAGAGAGGAGCGGACCCAGAAGCAGCUGUCUGAGCUUGAACAGAAGCGGCAGCGCCUCGGCCACAAAUGUCGAGACUUUGAGGAGAAGAACCAGAGUCUGAGCUCCACGGUCACGGCUCUGUCCACUCAGGUCGGGUCUCUGCAGGUCAGAGAGGAGGAACUGAGCUCCAUGCUCAAACUGAAGGACAAAGACGUGGCCGAAGCGUCCAGUCGGAUCCUGGACCUCACAGGGCGCCUACGAGACCUGGACACGUCUGCGGCGCAGAGUCGCUCCAGGGAGAGCGGGCUCCUGAGAGACGUGGAGGAAAACAGGCGGCGGUACCGAGACGCCAGGCGGGAGGUCGCUCACCUCAAAGAGCAGCUGCAGCAGCAGGCGGCGCAGAGCAGCGCUCAGAGGGAGGACGUCAUCCGACUCAAGCAGGAGCUCCAGCUGCUUCGACGAGACCUGGCCUCAUCCGGGGAGGGCGACAGCUGGAAGGACGAGCUGCUGGAACUGGCCCGAUCCAAGCAGGAACGCACCGCGUCGGAGCUUCGCUGCCUCCAGCAGGUGUGUGAGAACCAGCGGGAGGACCUGCAGCUGCUGCAGCUGAACCCGGACGGCGCCCGUGGAGGCCCGCGGGAGCGGACGGGCGUCGCAGCAGCCUCGUCGGCCACAAUAAGUGACGCGUCGUCCCUGUUCUCAGCCAGGAGCGGUUCACGGGCCGCCGCGUCAGGAGCUGUGGGCACGGCGUCGCCGGGUCACCAGCAAACGGCAGCCGGGGAGUCUCGGCGGUCGCUCCGGACGUGAGGCCGGGCUGCUUUAAGGAGCCAGCGCUCGGCGGCCGCCAUCUGAGCGCUCUGUCUGUCCGUCAGCAGGGGGCCGAUGCUCUGCAGCAGCUGCUGGAUGAAACCAGGCAGGUCGUCGUAGCGACUGAAGAGCAGACCCCCCACCCUCAUCACCACAGCAACCCCAAACACAAGGUCCAGGAGCUCCACAACCUGCUCCAGUGUCUGUAACGAGUCCAUUCUGCUUGUAAUAAACCACAAAAAAUAUGAAAUUAAAUAAAUGACAUCUGUGUUGGCUGCUUCAACAGACCAGGGGAACUCCACCCAAAGGCUGCCUUCCACCGGGUGCUUCCACCCAUGGACUCAACACUGACAGUUUUCAGUGGAAGUGACGUCAUGCAUCAGAAAUCAGUGUUACAGGACCUGAACCUGAAGCACACAGCUCAGGAAACGCAUGUAAUGCUUUGUAAAGGUCUUCAUAUGACGUGUGUAAUCCUGUAUGUUUCCUAUAAAGUCUCAGUGAGCAGA